AUUAAACAGCUGUUUCGUUUUAUUUACUGAACAGUUUCGUAUAUUUAAUUUUGGCAUAUCAAUUUCCAACUAGGAUAUCAAAGUAUCAACAAUGACAGAUAUAGAUGGAGAAGAUCCUAAAGAAUAUCGCUGGGAAACUGGCUACGAAAAAACAUGGGAAGCUAUAAAGGAAGAUGAUGACGGUCUUUUGGAUGGCGCGAUUGCAGAGAUUAUACAAAAGGCUAAACGCAAACGACAGGCACAAAAGACCCAGCAAAAUCGUUUGGGAAUGAUGCGGCACCUUUAUAUUGUUUUAGAUUGCUCUGAAUCCAUGAUCGUUCCAGAUUUGAAACCCACUCGAAUGUUAUGCACCAUUAAGCUUCUGGAAAUUUUUAUCGAGGAGUUCUUUGAUCAGAAUCCUAUCAGCCAGUUGGGUCUAAUCGUUCUGAAGGGCAAACGCGCCGAAAAACUCACGGAACUAACCGGCACAUCAAAACUUCAUUUGAAGGCCCUGGAAGGCGCUAGCAAAAUUCCACUUACAAGUGAGCCUUCGUUGCAAAAUGGUCUUGACUUGGCUAUGAAAGCGUUAAAAGUCGUGCCCAGUCAUGCUUCCCGAGAAAUACUCAUAAUUAUGGGUUCCUUGACCACAUGCGAUCCUGUUGACAUUAAUAGUACUAUAAAUGCUCUUAAAGCAGAUAACAUACGAUGCUCAGUGAUUUCACUAUCUGCUGAAAUACAUGUCUGCCGGCAUUUAACUCAACAAACUCAGGGCUCUUAUGGUGCCGUUCUUGAUGAUGCUCAUUUCCGUGACCAGUUAUUAGCACAUGUAGAUCCGCCACCAGCAGCACAAACCCAAGAAAAUUCUUUAAUAAAGAUGGGUUUUCCUCAUGCUAAGACGGAUGGUGGCAAGGAUCCACCACUUUCAAUGUGUAUGUGUCACAUAGAAAAUACAGAGGAACCGAGUAAGCUAACUUCAGGUGGUUACCAUUGCCCGCAGUGCUUUAGUAAAUAUUGCGAAUUGCCAGUUGAAUGUCAGACAUGUGGCUUAACAUUGGUUUCAGCGCCACAUUUGGCUCGAUCCUAUCAUCAUCUCUUUCCCGUGCAGCAUUUCACCGAGUUGGAAUUCAACGGGCAGGCGGCGAAUUGUUAUGCAUGCCAGAAACCUCUAACGGAAGCAAUGGAUAAAAAUGUAUAUCGAUGUGAGAAAUGCGCUCAAGUUUAUUGUAUUGAUUGCGAUAUAUUCAUUCAUGAGACUUUGCACACAUGCGUCGGUUGCAACACAGGAAAUUCAAAUAGAAACUAGAAAUUAAGUUGAUAAGAUACUUAAUAUACAUAUAUAUAUGUUCAUAAGUAAAAUAAAAUAAAAAAUGGGUGGUACUUUUGAUUGCUGAA